GCGGAUAAAACCCCUCCCUCGCCUCAUCCCACGCCUUUUACAGGGUCUCCAUCCCUUCCACCAACGCCACCUUCUCUCGCAACGUUCUCUUUGUUUUCUCCAACAAGAAGAAAGAAAGAAAAGAAAGAGAGGGAGAGAGAGAGAAAGGGGCGAGGCUUUGGAGGGCUAGGCUUUAAUUCCGAUCGAGCGACCCGGCUAGCGAUCGUGGUGGGAGGAACGUCGGCGGGGCCAUGGAGUCGGAAUCGAUGAAGCUCUCGCCGAUGGAUCUGUUGUCGGCGAUCCUCACCGGGAAGUUUAGCGUCGAAGGGGUGUCGCUGGAGAUGGGGGCGGCGAUGAUCGCCGAGAACCGGCAGCUGCUGAUGAUACUGACAACCUCGCUGGCCGUGCUCGUGGGGUGCGUCAUCGUGUUCGUGUGGCGGCGGUCGACCGGGAAGAAGGCGAGCAGGCCGGUGGAGCCACCGAGGCCGCUGGUGCUGAAGACGGACCUGGAGCCGGAGGUAGACGACGGGAAGAAGAAAGUCACCAUCUUCUUCGGCACGCAGACCGGCACAGCGGAAGGGUUCGCCAAGGCCCUUGCAGAAGAGGCUAAAGCGCGAUACGAUAAAGCUACUUUUAAAGUCGUCGAUCUGGAUGAGUACGCAGACGAUGAUGAGGAGUACGAGGAGAAAAUGAAGAAAGAAACCUUAGCUCUGUUCUUCUUGGCUACGUAUGGAGAUGGGGAACCAACUGAUAAUGCCGCCAAGUUCUAUCGAUGGUUUACUGAGGGGAAAGAAAGGGAGAAUUGGGUGGAGAAUCUUCAGUAUGCUGUGUUUGGUCUGGGGAACAGGCAGUAUGAGCAUUUCAAUAAGGUUGGUAAGGUGGUUGAUGAGAUCCUUGCUGAUCAGGGUGGGAAGCGUCUCAUCCCUGUGGGUCUUGGAGAUGAUGAUCAAUGCAUUGAGGAUGAUUUUACUGCAUGGAAGGAGCUUCUGUGGCCCAAGUUAGAUCAGUUACUUCGGGAUGAAGAUGAUGUUUCAGGUGCAACCACUCCUUACACAGCUGCUAUUCCUGAAUAUAGGGUUGUCUUCAUCAAUCCCAAUGAAGCCGCACAUUUGGAAAAGAGUUGGAGUCUUGCAAAUGGCCAUGCUGUUCAUGACAUUCAACAUCCAUGCAGAGCUAAUGUGGCCGUGCGGCGGGAACUUCACACCCCAGCUUCUGAUCGGUCUUGCAUUCAUCUGGAAUUUGACAUUGCUGGCACUGGUCUUACGUAUGAAACGGGAGAUCAUGUUGGCGUAUAUGCAGAGAAUUGUGCUGAGACUGUGGAGGAGGCAGAAAGGCUGCUGGGUUAUUCAUCAGACACAUUUUUCACUAUUCAUGUGGACAAAGAGGAUGGCACGCCACUAAGUGGCAGCUCAUUACCACCACCUUUCCCAUCUCCAUGCACAUUAAGAACUGCACUUGCACGAUAUGCUGAUCUCCUGAAUUCACCCAAAAAGAGUGCUUUAGGUGCAUUAGCUGCGCAUGCAUCUGAUCCAAAUGAAGCUGAGCGGUUAAAAUUUCUGGCCUCACCAGCUGGAAAGGAUGAAUAUUCUCAGUGGAUAGUUGCAAGUCAGAGGAGCCUUCUAGAAGUUAUGGCUGAGUUCCCUUCUGCCAAGCCUCCACUUGGAGUUUUCUUUGCAGCUAUAGCCCCUCGUUUGCAGCCUAGAUAUUACUCAAUAUCAUCUUCACCAAGGAUGGCACCAACUAGAAUUCAUGUGACAUGUGCAUUGGUGCACGGACCAACACCAACAGGAAGGAUUCACAAGGGAGUCUGUUCAACUUGGAUGAAGCAUUCUGUUCCAUUGCAAGAAAGCCAAGAAUGUAGCUGGGCUCCUAUAUUUGUGAGACAAUCAAAUUUUAAACUGCCUGCAGAUUCCUCGGUACCAAUUAUAAUGAUUGGCCCUGGCACAGGGCUGGCACCCUUCAGGGGCUUCUUGCAGGAAAGGUUGGCACUGAAGGAGGAUGGCUCACAACUUGGUCACGCUAUUCUCUUCUUUGGAUGCAGGAACCGUAAAAUGGACUUCAUUUAUGAAGAUGAACUGAAAAAUUUUGUUGAAAGAGGGGCUCUUUCUGAGCUUAUUGUGGCAUUCUCUCGUGAGGGCCCAACAAAGGAGUAUGUGCAGCAUAAAAUGGCUGAGAAGGCCUCCGACAUAUGGAAUGUCAUCUCCCAAGGUGGUUACAUUUAUGUAUGUGGUGAUGCUAAGGGUAUGGCAAGAGAUGUCCAUCGAGCACUACAUACCAUUGUUCAAGAGCAGGGAUCUUUGGACGGCUCGAGGACUGAAAGUAUGGUGAAAAGCCUGCAAAUGGAAGGCAGAUAUCUGAGGGAUGUUUGGUGAGUUGUUCCUAAAGUGGUUUCUCCUUAUAUCUUCGGAUGCAGUGGCACCCCUUGCGGAAACGUAAUACUAUUUUGUUCAGCACCUCGGAAAAGGAGGCUUUGGGGCUGGGGGCGCAUAAAGUUUGCCCCGACUUCUCAGCCAUCACGAAGACUUAUGUUGUCUGGACUAUGUGAUUCUUUUAACAUUCUAACAAGUUUUUUGUCCACGUAUAACAUAUAUAUAUAGAUUUAUAUUUAUUAUUAGGCUGAUUUAUUGGGAAAAAUAAACUAUUAUAUAAUUUGGGAAAGGGGUUCUGCUGCGAAUGGAACAAGCAUGUAUAAGUGAAUUAUUCAUCUCGUUAGUGCAUUUCAAAGUGUGAAAUAGUGAUGCUGCCAUA